AUGCUGAACGUCACCGCCGCCUCCCGUCUCCUUCAAGUUACUCCCCUGUCUUCAUACACGCCCAGCAGCUCUUCGCCACUUCAACUAAAUUGCUCGACCAUGCCUGACCUCAGGCAAUAUCAUUCCCAGAUCAUUCGACUUGGCCUCUCCGCCGAUAAACAUGUCAUGACCCAACUCAUCAACUUCUCUGCCCUCUCCAACAAUCGGGAUUUGGCUUAUGCCAUCAAGUUGUUUGACUCAAUUCCUAAUCCAGAUGCAUUCUUUUAUAACACCAUCAUUAAAGCCUACCUACAACACCUGUCACCCACAAACAGCAUUCUUCUUUACUCUCAUAUGCUGCAACACUCCGUUUUCCCCAACGACUUCACUUUUCCUUCUGUUAUCAGAGCUUGUUGCAUCCAUGAUGAUAUUCAACUAGGGAAGCAAAUUCAUGCCCAUGUUCUGAAAUUGGGGUUUGGAGCUCAUGUGAUUUCUCUGAACAAUUUGAUUCAUAUGUAUGCCCGGUUUCAAGCUUUUGAGGAAGCAAGGUGCGUUCUUUAUAGCAUGCCUGAGCAAAAUUUCAUCUCUUGGACUACCUUGAUUUCUGGGUAUUCUCAGUGGGGACUUGUUGACGAGGCUUUUCGAGUUUUUCAGUCUAUGCCUGAAAGGAAUUCUGCUUCUUGGAAUGCGAUGAUUGCUGCAUAUGUACAGGGCAACAGGUUUCACGAAUCGUUUGCUCUAUUUGAUAGAAUGAGAGCAGAGGGGGUCGUCUUGGACAAGUUUGUGGCAGCCACCAUGCUGUCAGCUUGCACAGGAUUAGGUGCUCUAGAGCAAGGAAAGUGGAUACAUGGUUACAUUGAGAAGAAGGGAAUCGAGAAGGACUCAAAACUUGCAACCGCGAUCAUUGAUAUGUACUGCAAAUGUGGUAGCUUGGAGAAGGCUCUUGAAGUUUUCAAAGGGUUGCCUCAUAAAGGGAUUUCUUCAUGGAAUUGCAUGAUUGGAGGACUGGCAAUGCAUGGUAAAGGAGAGGCUGCAAUUGAGCUAUUUAAGGAGAUGGAGAAGGAGAUGCUAGCUCCUGAUAGAAUCACUUUUGUGAAUCUUCUUAGUGCAUGUGCUCAUUCAGGUUUAGUUGAGGAGGGACGUUUUUAUUUUUCUUACAUGACCGAGGUUCAUGGAAUUGAGCCCAGAGUUGAGCAUUUCGGAUGCAUGAUUGACUUGCUUGGGAGAGCUGGCAUGCUGGACGAAGCAAGAAAGGCUAUUAAUGAGAUGCCUAUGUGUCCUGAUGCAACUGUGCUAGGUGCUCUAUUCGGAGCCUGCAAGAAUCAUGGAAACAUGGAGUUGGGAGAGGAAAUAGGGAAAAGAGUGGUUGAACUUGAACCUGAAAAUAGUGGGCGCUAUGUGCUAUUGGCUAACUUGUAUGCCGAUGCAGGUAAAUGGGAAGAUCUCGCUAAUGUGAGAAAACUGAUGAAUGAUAGGGGAGUGAAGAAGACUCCAGGCUUUUCCAGCAUCGAGUUAGAAGGCACUGUAAACGAAUUCACUGCUGGCGAAAGGUGUCAUCCUGAAUCUAAAGAAAUAUAUGCCAAAGUUGAUGAGAUGCUGGAACGUAUAAAAUCAGCAGGCUAUACGUCUGACAAGAAUGAAGUGCUGCAUGACCUUGAUGAAGAGAAGAAGGAGAACCCUUUGCAGUACCACAGUGAGAAACUAGCGAUUGCAUUUGGAUUGCUGAAGACUAAAGCUGGAGAAACUCUUCGCAUCUCAAAAAAUUUGCGCAUCUGCAAAGACUGUCAUAGAGCAAGCAAACUUAUAUCAGAGGUGUUUGAUAGAGAAAUUAUCAUAAGAGAUAGGCAUAGGUUUCACCAUUUUAAAAGGGGAGACUGUUCAUGUAAGGAUUAUUGGUAAUAAUAGAGAAAAAGAGUACUGCUUAGCAUGAAUUGUGCUCAUA